CGAUCGAGCCAACUUGCAGCUUUAGGCUUUUGACAACUUUCUUCAUUUUUCCAAGGAUACAAGCAGUUUAAAAAUGUCUGCACCUAUGGAUUUCACAGCACGCCCGGUACAUUCAUCAACAAAUGAAGCAGAAAGACGAAAAUGGGAUGAACUAGGCGAUCUAUACAACACUCAAACCUCGAAAGCAAAUCGUACGGGAUCUCGCUGAACAUUCGAGGGCAUUCUUUCCAUUUAACUAAUUUGCCCUUUAUCAAUUUUUGCCAAUAGAAAAAGACGGUUCUGAAGAGAGUGUGACAAACAGCGAAGAAGAUUCGACUAUGGGACGAUUCCCGCCUGCCGAUAAAUCCGACGUAUUGCAGCGGCAACGACGUAAAGAGCAAAAUCGAGCAGCGCAAAGAGCUUUCCGCGAACGCAAGGAACGCUAUGUUAAAGAACUCGAGGAUAAAAUUCAAGGGAUGCAGAAUUCACACGCUGAGAGCACACAGCGACUUCAAAAAGAAAACGAUGAAUUGCGCGAAGCACUCAAACGAAUGGAAUCAGAAAUGUACACACUCAAAGGAGCAGCUAUGGCGUUUGAAGUUUCGAUGAACAAGCUGCGAGAAGCAGGUAUCGAAGUGCCACCCUUAGGCGAGCUCUCACCACCCGCAUCGGAUCGAUACUCCUCAACAUCAUCAACAUGCGAUAUGCUAUCGCCAGCAGCUUCGCAUGACCAGCAAUCAUGCUCUCAACAACAACAACAACAGCAACAACAACAACAACAGCAGCAGCAGCAGCAGCAGCAUAGGAGUCGCGAUGAAGAAAUGCGAGAACACGAGGAAUUUGCAGAGUCUGCGAACGAACGGUUCGAGCAUAUUCCGGAUCCUAUAACUCUGACGGACGCAAAAGUGAUCCCUACAGCAGAAGUCUGGGAUCGCUUAAGCAUGCAUCCACGAUUUGAGGAACUGAAUAUGGCGAUGAUGUGUGCUGCUAUUAAGAAGAGGUCCAUAUGUUCUGGAGCUGGACCAGUCAUCGAAGAAAAGGAACUCCAUGAACUUGUGCGCGAGCAGCUGGGAGAAGGAGUAUAGUACCUCUAUCUCUUUCCUCGCGCUUUUUCUCGCUCUUGUUCUCAUACGUGCUCUCUGUCCUUGUUUGCCGCACCUCCUUUUCUUUUUUCCGUCAUAAGCUUCUCCUAAAAACCUGUCAUCGAAGGAUAACUUUCUCCAUCAUCAACUCACACUUGUUUUUUCCUCUAUUCGUCAAGUCUAACUCAUCUAGUAUCAAUUACCUCAUGCUUCUAUCUGUUCGACUCUUUGUACCUCUUCAAUCCAUCAUUUAUUGAUUAAAAUCAGGCAUCUGCUAAACUGGAUAGAAUGAAAUGAUGUCGGGCUGGGCGGUAGUCAUUUCAUUUCACAAAGCAGUGUCCCGCUUACAUUAAAGGCAGUUAGAUAAAAAAAAAACUCUGGUAGUAAUCAGAAAGGGAGUAUAGCAGCAUGUGCAGACUUAGGGCUAAUUGUAAUAUAAUCCCUUG